UAGACAAGUUGCCUUCUGCUGUCUCUCAUUUACAGUAACUCUACACACCGUUCUAUCAUCCUCUCUCAACUAUAGUUCAAACCAAUAUCUUCAACAAUGGCAGUCCUCAACUCACUCUCACUUCUUUUCUCUCCAAAACUCACUCACUCUUCUUCCAUUCCUUUCCCUCUCUGCACCUCCCAAUCCAACCCUCUAUCUUUCAAUCUCACUUCCAAAUCCGUCGCCCUAUCCGCCACUCCUUCUCACUUUUCAGUCGCAGUUGGCGAGGACUUGCCUGUAGAUUACGGCGAGUGGUUUCCUAAACGUGAUCCUGGUGAUCGCAGGAGAGCUGGCAUUUUGCUUCACCCGACCUCGUUUAGAGGACCCUACGGUAUUGGAGACCUUGGUGACGAGGCUUUUCGGUUUAUCGAUUGGCUUCAUGAUGCUGGUUGCUCUGUUUGGCAGGUUUUACCUCUUGUUCCGCCGGGAAGGAAGGCGAAUGAAGAAGGAUCACCUUACUCCGGCCAGGAUGCAAACUGUGGUAACACGCUUUUGAUUUCACUUGAAGAGCUUGUGAAAGAUGGAUUAUUGACAGAAGAUGAGCUUCCUAGACCAACAGAUGCUGAUCAUGUGGACUUCUCUGUUGUUGCUGACUUAAAGGAUCCGUUGAUAACUAAGGCUGCAGAGAGGCUUAUUUUAAGCGACGGUGAACUUAAAAGUCAGCUUGAAGAUUUUCAGAGAAACCCGGACAUUUCAAGUUGGCUUGAAGAUGCAGCUUAUUUUGCCGCUAUUGACGAUUCCUUAAAUACACUUAAUUGGUAUGAGUGGCCUGAACCUUUAAAAAAUCGCCAUCUUGCAGCCUUGGAGGAAGUAUACCAGAGUAAAAAGGAUUUUAUAGACAUAUUCAUUGCACAACAGUUCUUGUUCCAAAGGCAAUGGAAGAAAGUUCGCAGCUAUGCACGGGAGAAGGGAAUUAGUAUAAUGGGUGACAUGCCUAUAUAUGUAGGGUAUCACAGCGCUGAUGUUUGGGCAAAUAAGAAACAUUUUUUACUGAACAGGAAUGGUUUUCCUCUUCUAGUUAGUGGUGUCCCCCCUGAUGCCUUCAGUGAAACUGGACAGUUGUGGGACAGUCCUUUAUAUGACUGGAAAGCCAUGGAGAAAGAUGGAUAUUCAUGGUGGAUACGUCGCAUGAGGCGGGCUCAAGAUCUGUUUGAAGAAUUCAGAAUAGAUCAUUUUAGAGGUUUUGCAGGCUUUUGGGCUGUUCCUUCAGAAGCAAAAGUUGCAAUGGUCGGAAACUGGAAGGCAGGACCUGGAAAAUCCCUAUUUGAUGCAAUCUCUAGAGCUGUUGGGAAGAUCAAUAUAAUAGCAGAAGAUCUGGGAAUCAUCACUGAAGAUGUAGUGCAACUUAGGAAAUCCAUUGGUGCUCCUGGAAUGGCUGUCCUUCAGUUUGGUUUUGGAAGUGAUGCAGCUAACCCUCAUUUGCCUCAUAAUCACGAGCCCAAUCAAGUUGUGUACACUGGAACUCAUGAUAAUGACACGAUUCGAGGUUGGUGGGAUGUUUUGAAACAAGAAGAGAAAUCAAAUGUCCAAAAGUAUCUUUCGAUUCAUGAAGAAAAUGAUAUCCCAUGGGAACUCAUUCAAGCUGCCCUUUCAUCAGUGGCCCAAACUGCAGUCAUACCUAUGCAAGAUAUUCUUGGAUUGGGGAAUUCUGCCAGAAUGAAUAUUCCAGCUACUCAGUUUGGAAACUGGAGGUGGAGGAUACCUAGUUCCAUGAGCUUUGAUCACUUGGAGGAUGAAGCAACACGACUCAAGGAUAUACUCUCAACAUAUGGGCGGUUGUAGAUGAAGAAAGCUAAGAUCUCUCUUAGAGGCUACACAUAAGCCGUAGACGAGAGAUUCAGUUAGCUGUACGAGUUAUUCUAAUCCCGAAUGACAGAAGCUACACUUGGAUCAUAGAUCAGCAGUCCAUGUUAAAGGUGUGUUUUUGCGUUCUUAGACAUUGCUGGCAUUGGUGUGUGUUUUUGCAUUAGCUUGCAUAAUAUUUUUUUGGAUGGUUUUAA